AUGACUCGCGGAGAAGCAAACCAGACCAAGAUCCACUACAAGGGCGCCGACGAGGACUUCAUCAUCUUCGUUGACGAUGCAAAGGCGGCCAAGGACUGGAAGAGCGACAAAUCCAUCCCGCUUGCACAGGUUGUGAGCUCAUUCAAGGUCUUCGUUACGCACAAGCACGGAGCCCAAGGCACAAUGGACGGUGCCUCUCAUGCGACUCUCGAGAAUGAAUUCGGCACCCACGUCGACGAGGAGGUCAUCAAGCAAAUCUUAGAGAAGGGCACUCUUCAAGAGACCGAGGCGGCAGGCCGAACCGGUUCCACGAACGACAGCAUGGGUACACGUGCCGCUCACUAA